UAAUGUAUUCCGACAAACUGUUGAGAGCGUCAGCAAUAACAGACAGGGAAAGAAAAUUACAACGUCGAAGAGAAUGGCAAAUGAAUCAAGAACUUGAAAAGGAACAUGAGAAACGAAAGCAGAUGAUGAUUAUGGAUUUUGAAAGAAAACGGAAAACUUCAAAAUUAGAAAUUGAUCACAAGCAAAGAUCAUCACAAUCGAAUAAAAGUCCGAAACGACAAAAAACUGAGGAAACAAAUAUGAGAUCUGUAUUCACUGGACUAGGAGAUACAAUGAUUGAUAAAGAAGAAUUACGUCGUACAAAGGUAACAAUUUAUACCAAUGUAAAUUCUGGAAGAAAUUCGAAGACUUUAAGUAAUAAAACGAAGGAAUUCACUGACACAUUCGAUAAUAUUUGGAUAAAGAAAGAUAUAAUUCCGAGAAAACAGGGCGAAGGACGUAAGGCAUUAUUCGACAGGGAAGAAAUAAAAACAGCACGAUUGAAAAAGACUGGUCAAUUGCGAACAUGCACUACAGAAAGUCAUUCGUCAGAAAAGAAAUAUCUCUCACUACAGAAAAGUCGUACAAAUUUUGACGAUGUUUUAGCUAGCCAUUGUCACAGAUGCGAAGAUAAUAUGCCAAACAAUAAAUAUAUAAAAGCGAAAUAUGCCAAAGAUGAUAAAAAAAAUAUUCCCUCUGAAAGAAGUCAUUCUAAAGUUCAGUCACCUGAACGGUCUCACAAGGUUAAUUAUGAUAAUGAAACAUCGUCGUGUCAUAAACAGGAAUUUUCCAAUCCCACUUGCAGUAAUUUGUAUAGACCGAUGAUGCCGUUAGUAGCACCAACGCCUAUGAUGAGAUUUCCAAGACCGUUUCCUACGCCAGGACCGUUUCUUCCACUAGCGUCAUUUCCUGCACCGGGACAACUUUUUGUGCCGAGAUACUUUCCUAUGCCAUACGUAUUCGAUAUCAAUAGGUGCCGACUGCCUCCACAAUUAACUUUUAUCCGCGCAAUCAGGCUCUGCUAA